AUGCUCUCAGACGUUUGGGCAUGGCCUAAAGCUCCGCGCCCUGACCCCGAUCUGGAAACCUGCUCUCACCGGCACGAUAUCCUCGCCGUGGGUGUUGAAGCCGACGCCGACUUCCCCGUCCCCAUGACGCUAUACCGCUGGUGUCCGCCCGCCGUCCGCACAAUCACUAGGGUUGUAUUAUCUCCACGUCUCUUGUCUAUGGUCGGGGGCUUUACCCCGUUGGGAGGUGGAAACCCGGAACCAACGCCCCAGAUAGUUGCAGAUUUGAUGGCCGAGAUGGUUGAACCCAAACAGGGGGCCUUUAUGCGGUUCUUCUCCUUCCCCGUACUCAGCAACGAGCCGUCUCGUAUAUUGGCCGAUGGUUUCUUCCCAGUGUGGAAGUGGGUGAAGCCCGAAAGCAUAUACCGCAGGGGCGGCCUUUGGGAGCCGGACUUAUCCAGCGUUCUAGGUCACGGGGAGUGGGAUGCGGGUAAGGGCCUGGUGAUAUUGGCAGUAGGGGUGAAAGAAGAAGCAUGGCAAUUCAUAGUGGCUGGAGACCGCAAGUUCCCGACUCUUGGAGGGCUUUUAACUAAGUACCUGUAG